CCAUUACGCUUCUCGUGCAAAUCAGCGUCUCCUUCAGUUCCAACUUCCAAGUCUCGCUGCCAGAGGGUUUUUCUAGGGUUUAGGUUCAGUGAUCUUUCAAUUUGAGCUGCGAACUCAACUAAUUUCGUUCAAUUAAUAGCACCUGAAAAUCUAAUAAGAUGUUGUAUAUAAUCGGGUUGGGCUUAGGGGAUGAGAAAGACAUCACCCUGAAAGGACUUGAAGCGGUGAAGAAAUGCAGCCAAGUUUAUAUGGAAGCCUACACUUCUCUUCUCUCUUUUGGACUCUCCUCUGAUGGCCUUUCUACUCUGGAAAACUUAUACGGAAAAUCGAUUACUCUUGCGGAUAGGGAAACUGUUGAGGAGAAAGCUGAUGCCAUACUAUUGGAAGCGCAGUCCUCCGACAUUGCUUUCCUUGUAGUUGGAGACCCUUUCGGGGCAACUACCCACAGUGACCUUGUUGUUAGAGCAAAAAAGGUGGGGGUGGAUGUAAAGGUUGUGCAUAAUGCAUCAGUAAUGAAUGCCGUUGGCGUUUGUGGCUUGCAGCUCUAUCGUUACGGAGAGACGAUCUCCAUACCCUUCUUCACAGACACUUGGAGGCCUGACAGUUUCUAUGAGAAGAUUCGUGAAAAUCGAAAGCUUGGAUUGCAUACUCUCUGUUUGCUAGAUAUACGGGUGAAAGAACCCUCAUUGGAAUCCUUGGCUAGAGGUAAAAAGCAAUAUGAGCCACCAAGGUACAUGACAAUAAACACUGCCAUUGAGCAACUCUUAGAAGUUGAAGAAUCCCGUGGGGAAUCAGCCUACAAUGAAGACACUGCUUGUGUUGGUUUUGCCCGGCUGGGCAGCGAAGACCAGAAGGUUGUUGCGGGUUCUAUGAAGCGAUUGCUAACGUACGACUUCGGGCCUCCUCUACACUGUCUAGUCAUUGUUGGCACUACUCACCCAGUGGAAGAAGAGAUGCUGGAAUUCUAUGCCUGUUGAAAGUUCAGUUAUUUGGCCAUCAACCUGUGACAAUGUUUUUCAAUUGUUGUAACAAAUGUACCUUAUACAUCUCAUCCCUUUAGGAGGUUCCUGAUUUAGUGAACACUGUCUAGUCUGCUAGAUAAUUUAAGCAACUUACAACAAGUUUUGAAAAGUUUUAAGAUUUGUGUUACCUUA